CGUUUUAUUUUGCAGUUUUUGAAGAAUCUUUAUUUGGAGCACCAAUGGGAUUUUUCUAUAACUUUGUCUAUUAUGGGUAAAGAAAAGAAAUCCAGUAAUGCUAAUCUGCCUCAGAUGAAGCAUAAUUCUAUUGUGCAAAAAAAACGAAAAAUGAAGACUAGUGUGAUUUUGGUCAAUAAUAACACAACUAAAUCUGAUGGUAUAAGAAAUCUCGUUGCAUCAACGAGCGGAGCGAGAUCCCCUAAACUACAGCACGAUAUUAUAACAUGCACCCAGGAGGGUCAGCCUUCAAAAAGUUGCAAGAACCAUAGACUGCAAGAGGCCCAUAAAAUUCUGAAUAAAAAGCUAUCUUUAUCCAGUAGUGAAGAUGUGAUGGAAUGGGAGCCAACGGAAAAGGAAGUAAUGGAAACACUUUUUGAAUUGAGAAAAGAUUUUUCUGCUAGAACAAGCCAUAGUUCUACUGAAAAUUCAACCAGAAGGUCGGAACCAAAUUCUAAUAUUGCUGCAUACAUAGUUAUUGAUACCAACAUAUUCCUGUCACAUUUGCCCAUUGUGAAAACAUUAACAGAAGAUGAAGAAUUUAGUUCCAAAGUCCAAAUUUUGGUACCGUGGAUGGUAUUACAAGAACUUGAUUUCAUGAAAAGCAACAGACAGAAUAAGAUCAAUUUGGAAAUUGUUGCAAGAAAAGCUGCAACCCUCAUUCUAGAGCAAAUAAAUAAAAAAAAUUCCUUCUUCAGAAGUCAAACACUUACUGAAUUCAAAAGUUGUAUCAAUCUGCUACCUUAUGAGAAUGCUGAUGAUAAGAUCCUUCAGUGGUGCCUUUACCUCAAAAACGAAAUGUUGUCUGAUAUCAUUCUUCUUUCAAAUGAUGUCCUCUUUUGUGCAAAAGCAUCUGCAAAUGGAAUACAGCCAAUGCAGUCAGCGAAUUUCAUUCCAAUAUUGCGGCAAAUGCUUCUGGCAGAAACCGCCUGUGGCUCAGGGCAAGGCACUCUAACUAAUUUUGUGAAGAACACACCAAAUCAUUCAGAAGAUAGCUCAGAUGAGACACCAGGUAGACCAAGUAACCACCAACAAGAUCCUUGCAGAAAAAACGAAGUUGUAAAUGCAACAUCAUUCUUAUAUCAAUUCGAAGAAUGCAUUGUGGAUUCCAUGAGCCAGCUGCUUGAAUAUGAGAUGAAACAAGUAUACGAAGACAUUUGGCACCAGAUCGUCUUAAUAAAGCCGCCUUGGAAUUUUCGAGAUCUUCUGCGUUGCAUAGAUAAGCAUUGGAUUGCCGUUUUCGGAUACAUUUAUCCUAAAGACAUGCAGCAGAAGCUGAAUCAUCUUAGCAACAUGUGGAAAAAUAUCAAAACAAAGGUUACUGUACAGCAAGAAGAACGCGAGAUGAUUCUCCAAUCCGCUAUAUGCAUCUUACAGUUGGUACAAAGAACAAGAAAUCAGUUCCGUUACGCUCUGCAAAAGGCUAUUGACGGACUUCAAAGAUUACUACAACAAGAUGCAGAGCUGAACGAUACUUUCAUUCUGGAUCUGUUUACUCGUGUUUGGGGCCGAUUUAACUUUAUUUGCGGAACGCUGUCUGAUGCCGUUGGUGUAGCCCAUCCCGAACUUCAGUAUGAACCCGAUUCAACUUGUCCUACUCUCCAAGAAGUUAGGGACGGCUUACAGAAGUUAAAACCUCUUUUGCUUGGAAUGGAGGGCGCCAUGUCUAGUUUCCUGCAAAACAGCGAAACCUCUCCAGUGUGUCGGUUGAGGCAGGACCGCAGUUUACAAAAUGUGUCUCGUUGCAUCCUGUUGUCCAUCAGAGAGCUCGGUUUACAGGUAAAAGAAACCGCUACAGCAGAAUCUUCCUUGAGUCGCACCAUGGUUCACUUCGCAUCAAACGCACAGCAUAGAAAAAAAAUGGAGAUUGGACUUGAGCAGCUACGGGUUUAUAUUCGCGUGCUGGAUUCCGUUGCUUCCAAGUUGCACUGAGUUGCCUUAUUUUUCACUCUUGAUUCUUGUACAAUUUCAUUCAUGUUUAUUCUCAACCCCG